GGCACAUUUAAAAUAGAGGCACUUUUAGUCAAAUAUUACGAAUAGAAGAACAGCAGUAGACCAAUAAAAGAUUUGAAUAAAUUAAAAAGCUCGAUCUCAGUAUUAUGUUGUAAUUCGAACGUUUUUCAGCAUGAGUUAAUUAUUUUUAUCUGAAUAAUCGAAGUUAUGGAAGACAGCGAUACAAAUAUAAUCCUCAUAGUUGUCGCGGUACUGUUGUUUGUGUCAAUCCUCGUGUGGAUUGGUAUAUUCGCGGCUCUGUAUGUUCUCAGAGUUAAACCUCACAAUCCCUUCUCCAAAGUCUCAGAGAGUGACGAAGAGAACAAACUCAGACAGUCGUAUGGGUCACUGGAGAGGGCCAAGAAUAAAACAGUUCAGACACCCAACGCAUCUGAUACCCGUCGUAAGACCAUGAAGGAGACAGGCACUGACCCAGCUGCAGAGUUGUUCACCAGGCCCAUAAAAAUGGCACCAAGAUUCAUUGAUCCUGACUCAUAUCCGGAUUUUUCCCUCACAAAGAUACCUCCCUACCUCCCUCCGGAUGAACUGAGGAGUUUAGAAACCAACAAAAAGGUCCACGACAAGGCCACUAAGAGGAAGGUCCUCAGGGUGGGGGGCAAUAGUCAUGGAAGCAAAUCAACUAGGGAUUCCGAACAAGAUUCCGAGCGGUCGGAAACUUCGUCACCAGUGAGUAGUGUACGCGAAGAGAGUGAGGGUCCGCCUGAGAAAAAAGACAAUGCAAACAAACUGCUGCGAGUCAAAGACAAAAAGCCAAAAAACAAGCCAUGAUAUCAAAUUUUGAAAAAUCAGCUCUCCGGUACUUUGCGAUGUCGGUGGCAACAAAUUACACGAGGCAAACAGAUUGCGAUAGUUGCACGAAGAGUAGUAACAUAAAUCCUAAUUUUUAAGCAUGUGCUCUUUUUAAUGUUUUCCAUGCACUCUGGUGUAAUUAUGUCCUUUAUUUGUGUUAAAAUGUAGAUGUCGUAAAUGUUAAUAUCAUGUUUGGUGAAGUGUAAAGUAUCUUAGUUAAAUACUUUGAAUUAA